AACUCCAACAUCAACAUCAACUGCAACAACAACAACUCAAACAUCAACUGCAGUGAAAACAAUUCCAACAUCAACUGCAGCAACAACAACUCCAACAUCAACUGCAGAAACAACUCCAACAUCAACAUCAACUGCAACAACAACAACUCAAACAUCAACUGCAGUGAAAACAAUUCCAACAUCAACUGCAGCAACAACAACUCCAACAUCAACUGCAACAACAACAACUCAAACAUCAACUGCAGAAACAACUCCAACAUCAACUGCAGAAACAACAUUUCCAAAAGCAACUCCAACAUCAACUACAGAAACAACAACUCCAACAUCAACUGCAGAAACAACUCCAACAUCAACAUCAACUGCAACAACAACAACUCAAACAUCAACUGCAGUGAAAACAAUUCCAACAUCAACUGCAGCAACAACAACUCCAACAUCAACUGCAACAACAACAACUCAAACAACAACUCCAACAUCAACUGCAACAACAACAACUCCAACUGCAGAAACAACUCCAACAUCAACUGCAGAAACAACAACUCCAACAUCAUCUGCAGAAACAACAACUCCAACAUCAACUGCAGAAAUAACAACUCCAACAUCAACGGCAGAAACAACAACUCCAACAUCAACUGCAACAACAACAACUCCAACAACAUCUCCAACAUCAACUGCAACAACAACAACUCCAACUGCAGAAACAACUCCAACAUCAACUGCAGAAACAACAACUCCAACAUCAACUGCAGAAACAACAACUCCAACAUCAACUGCAGAAAUAACAACUCCAACAUCAACGGCAGAAACAACAACUCCAACAUCAACUGCAACAACAACAACUCCAACAUCAACUGCAGCAACAACAGCUCCAACAACUCCAACGUCAAUUGCAGAAACAACAACUCCAACAUCAACUGCAGCAACAACAGCUCCAACAUCAACUGCAGAAACAACAACUGCAGAAACAACAACUCCAAC